GCCACCCGUCCUUUCUUUAACUUGAACAACACGACAUUCAGCCUAACCAAUCCAACAAGAGAAAUGGCUAUGAAAAGGGAACGCUCUCCAUCCCCAAAACCUACAUCAGAAAUAUAUCGCUCUUCAACAAUACAAGAGCAGACUUCCACUUUCGCAGCUGCGUUCUCUCCCAAUCUAUCUGCCAAAGUCCUCCAGACACUCCCCGAAUUCCGAACUGCAACCCACAAAAUCGCAGCAUGGCGGAAACCAUCACGACAAAAGUCUUUGAUGCCAGAUUCCCGGACCUUGUAUGAUCUUGGCCACGAUGAUGACGGCGAAAAGUGGGCUGGAGGUCGAUUGAGCAAUGUAUUACGAGAUACGCAGACCGAAGGCGUUGUGGUUGUUGCGCGCUGGUACGGUGGGCAAAACAUCGGUCCCAUACGAUUCACGCACAUUGAAAACUGUGCCAAAGAAGCCAUUUGGAAAUGGAAAAACGCUGAUACCGAGAUCAAGAAAGAGCAGGCUACCAAGAAACAACGAAUUGAUGAGGAAGCUAAGCGGAAAGAGCUUGUGAACAAUUUACAGGAGAGAGAUUACAACAUCUUCGCACUGCGGAAGUUGUUGAGUCAAAAGAAGGCGAAGUUGCAGGACGAGGAGCCUGCACCACCGACGCCGCAGAAGAUGCAGGACUACGGGAAGAUGACUAUGGAUGCGCUGACGAGGGUGGACAAGGCGAGAGACGCAACAAUCGCAUUCAUCUUAAAGCAGAUCGAUAAGGUUGACGAAGAGCUUAAGCUUGUGGAAGCAAUAGAGGACGGCAUAGAGGACGGCACGCAGGCGACGGAAGAAGAGGCAAAGGCUGAAGAUGCAGAAUCCUCAAUGCCAAAGUGA